AAAAAUUGCUUUUUUCUCCAAGCCCACGUAUUCAUUCCCAUUCACCUCCAGCUAAAAAUGACCACUCAGCUUUACGUCUUACACCACUACACUUCCAGCACAAUUCUAACCAAUGCUAAUCUCCUCCGGUACCCCUUAUUCUUCGCCUUUGAUUUUGCAAAAAGGAAAACCAGGGUAGGAGUGACUUAAGAUGGCAGCUCUUCAACCUAGCCUGGAUGCAGCAAGCACUAAGGACAGACUCAAGGGGCGGGUAGCUAUAGUCACAGGGGGUGCCAGUGGUAUAGGCAGUGCAUGUGUGCGACGAUUCUUGAAUGACGGAGCACUUGUUGCCUUCUUCGACAUCGACCAAGUUGCCGGGAAACAGUUGGAAGCUGAGCUCCAGGCGGCUGGCUCUGAGACGAAAUUUUACCAGGUCGACGUUUCCGACCGAGAGGCGUGCUUCAAGGCCGUUAGCCACGUAGCUAGCCAGUACGGUGGCUGCAUCAACUUUCUUGUGAACAGUGCUGCUGUAUUCAUAUUUAAAGCUCUAGAUGCCGACACGUCCGACUGGGCACAAGUCAUGAGUGUGAAUGUGGCUGGAUACUCGAAUAUGGUACAGGCCUGCUUUCCUCACAUGAAGACAGCCGAACCUGACGCCAGAUCAGUCGUCAAUAUAGCCAGUAACCUCAGCCACGUGGCAUCGGCCAGUAAGUGGACGUACUGUACCAGUAAAGGUGCCGUGCUGGAGCUGACCCGGUGUAUGGCACUGGACUUGGCCAAAGAUGACAUUCGGGUGAACUCCGUGUCACCGGGAUCCAUAAAUACAGCUGCGCUCGCAAACUUCUUCGCAGGCGAUGAAGACCAAAAGAGGUGGUUCGAGGGAUGUCACAUGAUGAACCGAAUCGGAGCAUGCGCAGAAGUUGCUGCCGCCAUUGCCUUCCUCUGCAGCAGAGACGCAUCCUUCAUCACGGGCGCCGAUCUCCCGGUAGAUGGCGGGUUCACGGCAGUAGGCCCUGAAAGGCAUGGGAAAGACGGAGCCAAGUUCACUGGCACGAUCCCAAAGUAGAUGCUGCACCUGUCCUUCAUUUAGAACUAAGCAAAGUUUAACUAUCCAAUGCCCCAAAUGGUUCCGACCACGUGCCCAUUGCCCUUCCAUUUUAGAAAAUAGGGGAGUAUCAACUCGCGACACCAUGAAAUUAAAUAGUUGGUAGAAAAUGAAUAGAAAAACGCCAAUCAGAUAACUGGUCCUUCUAUGUUUAAUGCUUCACACGAUACGUAUUGGAUUCAUUUUAAAUAAUCAAUUAUACUCUCUCCAUUCAUACCUUUACAACCAAUAGUAAACAUCUUUUUCGUAUUGUAUCUUAUUGUUAAUUGAACCAUGCUGUGUAUUGAGAUGUGUGUAAAAGUAAAAAUGCUAAAUAAUACCAGUAAUAACUAGAAAAGCACUCAGAGAGCGCAGACCUCCGCCAAGGCAGUAAAGUCUCCAUCUAAUGCCGUUUCACCCCUAAAUUUUCGAUAUUUUUGAUUAGUGAUUAUUGAUACGGAUCGCCACCAAAAACUAUCGAUCUGUUUCUUGGUCCACCUCUGACAGUUCCUAAAAAAUUCAUCAAAAUCGGUCCAAAACUUUUUGAAUAAUGUUGAUGACAGACAGACAAACAGAGGUGAAAACAUAACCUCCUUGGCGGAGGUAAUAAUAGUAGCAAUGACAUUUUACAGUCUCUUUGAGGUGUUUAUACUGUCACCUAGUAUUUCAGAG